AUGGCUCUUCUCUUCGUGCGUGGUUGCUUGAAGAGUGAAGGAGAGGAAGGUAGAGGAGGUGCAGUGGGGCUUGGAAGGCAACCAAACUUCGUAGGAAAAGUAAUAGAAAAGCUUUCGAGCAAGUUGAUAUCAUUAAAAGACUUGGCAAAACUUCCUGCGGCCAUAUCUUAUCCAAGUAAUAAUAGUCAUUUUAUUGUCAAAAAAGUCAAGGUUCGGCAAGCCAUGACUAACAUGUCUAAACACAUAGACAAACCAAGGUUCCUUCCUCUCCAUUUGGCGUAA